AAAUUUAGGGUUCACAAUCCACAAACCUACCACUCUUCUGCUCUUUGUAAGUACUUUCUCAACUCCAUUUUCAUACCAUUCAAAUCCCAACUUCUAAUCUUCAAUUCCCCCGUUCGAUUCUAGAUCAAUCAUCCUCUCUCUCACGAUCUAAAUGAGGAUCAUAAACAUGUAACAAGGUACGACCUUCUAUUUUGAUGUUUAGUAGCUGUCUGAUGUCGAUGCUGAUGCUUCUGGGAAUAGGGUUUUAGUUUUGUUGGAAAAAAAAUAUGAUCAAACAGAUCCUCGGCAAGCUUCCUAAGAAGCCUUUGUCGAAAUCUGCAAACUCGAACGAUGAAGGUGAUUUUCAAAUCAUCUUGAACGGAUCUCAUUCUACUAUCAAUGAUACUAAAUCGGAUGUAUACGAAGCUUUGCCUAGUUUCAGAGAUGUUCCGAACUCAGAGAAGCAGAAUCUGUUCUUCAAGAAGUUGAAAAUGUGUUGCGUAGUGUUUGAUUUCAAUUUUACGACUAAGAAUCUCAAGGAGAAGGAUAUAAAGAGACAGACUUUGCUUGAGCUUGUUGAUUAUGUAUCUUCUGUGAAUACUAAGUUUAAUGAGAUAGCUAUGCAGGAAAUCACAAAAAUGGUAUCAUCUAAUUUGUUUAGAACAUUGCCAUCUUCUCAUCAUGAUCAUAAAUUACCUGAAAUAUAUGAUGUUGAUGAAGAUGAUCUUAAAAUGGAGUCAUCUUGGCCUCAUCUUCAGAUUGUUUACGAAUUUCUACUUAGAUUCGUUUCUUCCCCAGAAACAGAAGCUAAGCUUGCUAAGAGAUAUAUUGACCAUUCCUUUCUCCUUCAUUUUCUCGAUCUUUUCGAUUCUGAGGAUCCCAGAGAAAGAGAAUACCUGAAGACAAUUCUCCAUCGUAUUUAUGGGAAAUUCAUGGUUCAUCGUCCUUUUAUUAGAAAAACGAUCAACAAUGUGUUCUACCGAUACAUAUUUGAAACAGAGAGGCACAACGGAAUUGCAGAGCUGCUCGAGAUUUUGGGAAGUAUUGUUAACGGUUUCGCAUUGCCAUUAAAGGAAGAGCACAAGCUUUUCCUUGUUCGAGCGUUGAUUCCGCUUCACAAGCCCAAGGGCGUUUCGAUUUAUCAUCAACAGCUUUCUUACUGCAUCACUCAGUUUGUUGAGAAGGAUUUCAAGUUAGCUGAUACGGUUAUUCGAGGUCUGUUGAAGUAUUGGCCCGUAACUAACAGUUCGAAACAGGUUUUGUUUCUCGGAGAGUUAGAAGAAGUUUUGGAAGCUACUCAGAUGGCUGAGUUUCAACGUUGUGUUGUCCCCCUUUUUCGACAGAUUGGACGUUGUCUCAGUAGCUCACAUUUUCAGGUCGCAGAACGGACAUUGCUCUUAUGGAACAACGACCACAUAAGAAACCUGAUUACACAAAACCGCAGUGUAAUAUUGCCCAUAAUCUUUCCACCUUUGGAAAGGAACGCCCGACAUUGGAAUCAAGCUGUUCAAACCCUAACGAUAAAUGUGAGGAAGAUAUUUUCAGAAGCAGACCAGUCGCUAUUCGAUGAAUGCCUUGAGAAAUUGAAAGGAGAUGAAAGUAAUGGAAAGUUAGCACAAGAGAAGUCAGAACUAGCUUGGAAACGUUUGGAAGAUGUUUAUGUAGCCGAUGAAGCAGUGUCGCUUCAUUCUAGGUUUGAAUCGUUGGUUGUCAUUCCUAGCGACAACAAUUGAGAUUCUUGAUUUGAAGAAUCUAAUACCUCUAUGGGAAACACCUUAAGGUUUCUUAGUCGAUAAUUUCUUCGAGAAUGUAAUUGCAUCUUGUUUGGAGCUUUCGAUUUCGAUUUCGUUUUUUUUUUUCUUUUCUUCGAUGCUCUUUUAAGCAUGGCAUCGCAGUUUGUCUGUAUGAUAAUUUUUUUUUUUAUUCAUGUUCUGAAAGAAUUGAUUUAGUCAAUGUUAUGAAUUCUUACAUUUAUAUUGGAUUAGUCAAUUUGCACUGUGA